CUGUAUAAAACACAACGAGCUGCACAGCAUCACACACUUCUGCAUCUGAGAUAAUGAAGUAGCUGACAGUAAUUGAAAAUAUCCCCGCUUCUUGCACAGUCAUGCACAUCUGAGUCCAUGCCCGAUUGCAACAAAUGGCACUCGAACAGGGACCUCAAUCGGCUUAGAAGGCUGCUGAAAGGAAGCAGGAUCAACUCUACGGCAUUAUCGUCUCUGCUGGAUAGAGGUGCAGAACCGCGAUGGGUUCCAGCAAGGGCAGUGCGGCCUUAUUUGUCGGCAUCACCUUCAUCUGCCGUGCCAUCAUCAUGAAUGCUGCAUGGGUACCUUCACAGCCUAAGACUAAUGUGUGGGUGACGCUUGCCAGGGCCAUUGGACAGAACACUCUCUGCCUGUCAAUGUCGUCCUCUGACUCCCCAUUUACUACGUGUCUGGUAGGGCUCCCCCUUGAUCAAGGGAAGUGGGAACAACUGGCUCACACCACUAGCGCUUCUUCAGUGGUGCAGGAGGAGAAGGUCUGGGGAGGGAACUGGACGGUGGAUAUGUGGGACCAAUGGGUACCUCACUUGCCUCCAAUGCCACUACCCCCACAGGAGUUAGAACUUUUGGGAUCAGUAAAAAUGGAUUGGUGUGUGUUUUUCAAUUAUUCUGGUAACGAUCAAUUUCUUUCAUGGUCAGUCAAUGCUACAAUGCUGGCAUAUAGAAACGCGUCAGCCUGGUGUAAUUACACAUCUUUAAAUAUUUCAAAAUCAAGUAACUUACCCCUUCAACUACCCCGAGGGGUAUUCUUAAUAUGUGGAGAUCGUGCGUGGCCGGCCAUUCCACCAUAUAUUAAAGGAGGGCCUUGCUCUUUGGGUAGGUUGACUUUAUUGAUGCCAAAUCUGACUAUGAUCGUUGCAAAACAUCACAAUCAUAAUAGGAUCCAAAGAAGCAUUCAUGCUUUUGAUAAAAAUUGCAAAGACGAGAUUAAGUUUUGGAACAGGGAAGCAAUUGUGUUUUCGUCACUCUUUACUCCGGGGUUAUCGGCUAGUAAGGCACUAAUUAGCUUGAAUAAGCUGGGAUGCUGGCUUAGCAAGCAGACUAACGCAACCUCACAAGCACUUUCAGGACUGUUACAGGAUGUUGACUCAGUUCGUCACGCUACAUUGCAGCACAGAGCUGCUAUUGACUUUCUACUUCUUGCACAUAGACAUGGCUGUGAGGACAUUGAAGGAACGUGCUGUAUGAAUUUAUCGGAUCACUCCACCUCCAUCCAUCAGAGCAUUCAGCAACUGCAGGAGGGUGUGCAUAAGUUACAUGAGGGAACUUCAUGGGAGUGGUUUGAUGGGUGGUUUCAAGGUCUGGACCCCGGCGUUCAGAAACUAGUUAACUUAGUGCUAAUGUGUCUCUUGAUUGUGUGCCAUUUAAUCUGUAUUCCUUUCAUUGUAUGCUGUGUAAGAGCCAUGAUUAAGAAAGCAACAGAUCAAGUACUUGUUCAGGUUAAUAGAGACUUUUCUUAUUAUUAGUGUGUUAUCAAUCGAGGCCUUGAUUAAGUUAUGACAACUAUGUUGUAAAUAUGAUUAAGCGCUAUUAUUUUAUAGUAUGGUAAUAGUUUGGUAAUAAACAAAAAAGGGAGAAUUGGAGGAAUACAAGAAAGACUAUUCAGACCGGAAGCUGCAGAGUAGGAUAAGCAGCUGUUUGAACCCUUCUUUUUUUUUGGCUCAAAGCUUGCUUUCUGAGGUAUCUUUUUUGAUAAGACUCUGACUGACUUACCAAGGAGGCAAAUGGUGAGUGUCACCGUGUGGCAAUCAGCAUCACCUUGUGAACAUUUGAAAGCAUUUCCUUCAGAGCUGUUUGCCUCAGGAAGAGAGCGCUCAGGAGUGUUUACUGGUGGAAGAUCUGGCCUGUGACCAAAUAACUCCAGCUUGGUAUGGGAGACUGG